AAGGCAGUCGGAACAUUCAGGGCUUUGCCCUUUUACGAGCAGUCUUGGUCAGGUUUGAAACUAUCAACAACUUUCUUCAAUCUUAUUUUCAAUUUACUUUUUAUAUCUAAGUUAGUGUGAUUAGAUUUUGUACAGAAAAUUAGACUGCUUGAAAAAUGAAAAAAUAUAUAUAAUUGAUUGGCCUUUUUCAACUUUCGAACCUUAUACGGGUUCUCAAAGAAAGAAAUGUAGAACGAUGAAAAAAAUUGUUGUUUUUUUGUUCAAAUGUUGCAUGUGCGUGCCAAAUGUGGAGGACCUUUUGAGAUAUAUAAAAUUGUAUUCAUUUUUAACCAGUUUGUAAUUGAAUAUUCCUAAAGUUUUCAAUCAAAAUCCAACUUCAAAGAGGGGUUCGGAAUAUUCAUUGGCUUUAUUUAUACGAGCAGUAUUGUCUGUAUUUUAGAAUCAGAUUAUCCUAUUGUUAAUUUUGAAUUUGAUAUUGUGAUUAGAUGAAGUCGUUAAUAUGGUAACUGGGAGGAGACUAUGGGUGGGUCCCCAACUGAAGGGUUCCCCUAAUCUGCUCUUUUCUGACAUCCUUUAUUAACGGGCUAUUUUUGGAGCUAAAAUUGAGGUGAAGACUAAACGUGCAGGCGAUUUGUUAUCGCUACUAGAUAAGACGCCUUGCGCUUCGAUUUUAUUUUUGACAGCGCCUUUUUUCAAAAAACGCAUUUGCUUUUCCGGAAGCCGUCCGUUUUUUUCUCUAUUAGACAUUUGAUUUUUCUCUGGUCAAUAUUUGAUGUCACAGUCUAAACAUCUUCCCCUGCUCCCUACUCCGUUCUCCGCCUUAAUAAAAAUAUUGAAAAAACACAAACUUGAUCCAUUCAGGAACAGAAUACAAAUGAGGCUCGUAUUAGUUUUCAAGCUGUUUAGUUACCUACCAUCAAUCAGGAUUUCAAUUUGCUGAAUAAUGAAUAGAUAAAUUUAUCAUUUGCUUUGUUUUUGUUUGCAUCGCCAUUUUCACAUAAGUAGUGAAGCUCAACUAAAAAUAUCCGUGAUUGUUGAAUUUUUCAGGGUUGAAGGAAAAAUGUUACUGUUGAUUAAAAGUUGCUGUAUAGUUUCUCUAUCUACCAUUGCUUUAACAAUCUAUGAUUAAAUUAUAGUAUGUUUUUUAUCAUGGCUGAUAAUUCUUUUCCGUUUUACUGAUUUUGAAACCCUAAAAUUAAAUCAGAUUUUGCAUUUGGACAACUGAUUAAAUUCAUCAAAAGCACAAAAAUGAACCCUCUGAAAAAUUCAAGUUAAGGUCUCUAUAACCCGUCGUUCCAAAAAAGGUAAUUCUGAUGCAAUUUCGGCUUCAAGAUGUAGCGGUUUAUAGACAUGACAGUUUCUUGAUUAUCCACCAGAAAAACAGAAUUCGGUAAAUUAGAAUCAAUUUCAGUCGCUAUAAUGUGCCAGUUUACCUUGGACGACUCCAGAAAAUAAGAUGAAAAGAACCAUUUCUUCACCAACGUCUUUUACAGUUUAUCAGCAAUUUGUUCUCCUUUAACUGCAAUUGUAAUUGUUAACUCGGUUGCCUUUUAUGCAAAUUUCGAACUGAAUUUAUCCCCCUCAAAUGCUCCCUCGAGAAGAUUAAAAACACAUCUUUCUUACAGAUAUUUUCGACUCACAAUUUUACUUAUUUCACUAACUUUCAUCUAAUGAAGAUAGUUUUUAACAUUUUAUUUCAGUCUGACUUGAUUUGUGAAGCCUAAUUAAUUUAACAUUCAAGAAAAAGUGUAUGCUUUACUUCCUCAAUUUUGCUGAAGAUGUGCUUGAAAUUGCUAUAUAGUUCAUCAGAUUCAAUGAUGGAAUUCGAUAUUUAACUUUAUAAGUUUUCGUCGUUACUAUUGACCUAUUCAUAUUUCGAGAAUUGAAAUAUCUGAAGAAACUUAAUUCGAAUUAAGCAAUCAUGACGUCAUUAUCUCCCACAAGUCCCGGCAAGGGAAAACUACCCACCACCUCUUCCGCCCUGACAGUCGCAGUUCGAGUCCGGCCCCUGAACUCGAUCGAAACGGGAAAAUCUUGCAGUGUGGUCGUGUCUGCUCUAACCAACAAGCAGGUCGCCCUGACGAACCCUAAAACUCUCACUCAGAAACAGUUUUUGUUUGAUCACGUGUUCUCAGAUUCCCUUCUUGUGGCCAAGGGAGGGGGCGAGGAGGUUACAGCGGGAGAAAUGCAGCAGAAUAUCUACACCUCUAUCGGUCAACCAAUGUUGUACCAUGCUUUGAGUGGCUACAACGUCUGCAUUCUGGCAUAUGGGCAAACUUCAUCUGGAAAGAGUUUCACUAUGAUGGGUGGGAGGGAGUUCGAAUCCAGGGGAAUCAUCCCGCGACUCACUGAAGAUCUGUUCACUCGGCUACACGAGUCAUGUUCAGAGGCCGAGAAGAGAGAGGGCGGACAGUCGUCGGAUAAAACUUCGGUGGAAGUGAGCUAUUUGGAGAUUUACAAUGAGAAAGUGCGAGAUUUGCUCAAUCCGAACAACAAAAACUACCUGAAAGUGAGGGAGCACCCGGUGUAUGGCCCUUAUGUGGAAGAUCUGAGUAAGCUGGUGGUGACGUCACACGAGGGAGUGGAGAAGCUCAUAGACGACGGAAACAAAGCGAGAACAGUUGCAUCUACAAAUAUGAACGAAGUGAGCAGUCGAAGCCACGCUAUAUUCAACAUACUCCUCAGCCAAUCAAGAGGCGGUGUCGAGACUCAGAGUAAAAUCUCACUGGUCGACCUGGCCGGCAGCGAAAGGGCCAAUGUGUCCAGUCACAAGGAGAGAUUGAAAGAGGGUUCCAAUAUUAACAAGUCACUCACUACUCUGGGCAAGAUCAUUUCGGGCCUAGCUGAUAGCACAAGUAAAUCAAAAGCGGGCUCCCGGAACAGCAAAGUAACGGCUGAUUUCAUCCCAUACAGGGAAUCGGUGCUGACUUGGCUGCUGAAGGAGAACCUCGGAGGGAACUCGCGGACGACGAUGGUGGCUGCAGUGAGUCCUGCUAGUGCCAACUACGAGGAGACCCUCUCCACCCUCCGAUACGCCGAGAGAGCCAAGUCCAUCGUGUGUGAGGCGAGGAUCAACGAGGACCCCAACAAGAAACUGAUUCGUGAGUUGAAAGAGGAGAUACACAGACUGCAGUCGGUCAUUGCGUCAUCGCAGACGUCGGUUUCAUCACCGAGACAUGGAAGCGCCAUGAGUGACUCACUUGUACUUGAGAAGCUGUCCUGCUCAGAGAAACUACUGAAAGAAGUAGAUCGGAGCUACGAAGACAAAAUCAGACGCACUGCCGAACUGGAGGAGAGUCGUUCACUCUUCCUGCAGCAGAUAGGAUUGGCCAGCGACAGUCAUCCGACAAACAGCAACAACAGCAACUGUCGUCAGCCAAUCAUAGUGAACCUGCACGAGGAUGAGCAGAUGAGUGAGCGACUGGUGUACUGUUUCCAGACUGGAGUCACAGUUGUGGGCAGUUCACAGGGUAGCAACAUACAGUUACACGGUCUCGAAAACCAACAUUGCAAAUUUACAUUCGAACAAAUGAAAGUAAUCUUCACUGCAAUCGGGUCAAACUGUUUCGUCAACGGGUCUAAAAUUGGAUCUGACCUCGAAAUAAAACACGACGAUCGACUCGUUAUUGGACUCAAGUACGUGUUCAAGUUUCAAUUUCCGAAUCUGAACAGCGCCCAAAUAACGCAAGAGGGCGCCAAAGAGCGCAUAACAUGGCAAACUGUGAAACAAGAAUUAAAAGACGUCAGUGGAAUUAACCUAAAACGAAACUUCGAACGGGCUCAAAGCACAGAUCGCGAAGAGGUUAAAAACUUGCUGGUGAAGUACAAAGAAAAAAUUGGUGAACUUGAAAAUGAGCGAAAUUCUCUCAAGAAUGAGAAAGAAGAGCUGAUGAAAAAGUACGAGUCGCAAGUAAAUUAUCAGAAAACAAUGGAAAGUAUGUACAAAAAGGAAAUUGAUUCGAAAGAAGAAAGAUAUAAAGACGAGAUUAGGCAAUAUGAAGACGCAUUGAUGGAACUUCAAACGCAACUUAAUGAACUUGAUGAUGAUUCAAGGUCAAGUUUAUCCAUCAGUCUUUCGAACCAAGAUGAAUCCGAAAAUUCUAGAAUUACUGAAGAAAACAUGCAGAUGAUGGUUGAUGCCUUUCAUCAAUGGAAAAAUUACCAAAUAAGGAAGUUGAGAGACACUUUGAGGGAGUUUGAAAGCUUAGUUGGAGAAGCAAAUCGAAUUAGCCGAGAGUGCGACAAGCAGAUGGAAUUUAAGCUAAAAGUGACGUCGGAUUCCUUGUAUACUUCGGUACCAAGUGAAGCUCAAUCAGAAUGUUUGACAUUUGGUCACAAGUGUCCCUUAAUUAAAGUGACAGACAAACAAAGUGGGCUCUUCUUUUACUGGACUCUGGAAAACUUCAAAGCCAAACUGGAUCUCAUGAAACAAAGCCAGCUAUCGCCUGAAAAUAAACUUAAAUCUGGAGCCGACGUCGCGGAACCCGUUGAAUCAGAUCCAAUGACUGAAGAUUCUGGGAACUGCGGUAGUGUUCUUGGGGUUCUGGAUGCCAAUGAUCUUCAGAGGGUUCCAAACGGACAUCCGAAGAAGGACAAGGGUUCCUGUCACGACAUGUCGGGUGGUGCCUCGCCGAAGCAGGAUCCGUUCUACGGGAGGGCGCCGUGGUUUCACCAGAUUGGGAAAGCCCUCACUUACAUAUCAAAUGUACUGGAGGAGAUCCCUUUUGUGGUGAAAGUGCCAAUUGUAAAUGAGAGCGCAGAAAUACAAGGUUACAUUCGAGUUGCAACGCAAAAUGUGCCAAAUAUGGACUGCUCACCUCAAAAAUUCUCCAAUCAAAAUGAUGAAAGCAUCACAUUCAGAAUCACACUUCUGGAAGCUAUGGACAUCUCGGCAAAAUUCACCGACAUUUUCUGCCAGUUUUCUGUUCCUGGGCUUCCUGAAAAAUUAUACUCGACAGAUCCGAUUAAAAACGAACCCAUGAACGGAAACGGACCGCCACUCGGAUUUUUCCAUGUCGAAAAUAUCUCCAUUCCUGACACCAGUGAAAACCGAGAACUUCUGACAAAACGCCCGGUUAUUUUUGAAGUUUUUGGUCACUUCAAUGAACAUCCGAUACAUAAACAGAAUUUGGGACGCCGCCAAAGAUUACUCAGUAUUGUCAGUCCGAGCUUUGUGUGCAAAAAUGGAGUCUUAAAGCGUCAGAAAUCGUAUUUGUCCAACAGAGGGGGUGUUUUUGAGGGGGAAAUUUUGGUUCUGACUGAGAUUUUGGAGUUGAACUACAGCGGCUACUUCAGUUCUGUAGUUUUGGAGAAACGAAAAAACUGCCCGGACUCUUUCCAGUUGCAUCAAGGGAUGCAGCGGAGGAUCAGACUGCGCAUAGUGCAUCCGAAUGAGAAAAUGGUGGCAAUAGGCCAAGUGGUCAGCAUCUCAGUCGGCAACAUUUCUUCACACCUCCAGCAGAACAACAGCAGCGGCAGAGGGACUACUUCAACAGCGGAUGAUUCCAGCAGCGAGGAAGAGAAAGAGGUGGCAGGUGUCAAUAAUAGCGUGGACUUGAUUAUUAUCAAACAGAAAUACACUCAAGACUUCUUAUUGCAACCAUCAUACGAACUUGAGUGCUCCUGGGACUCAACGCUACACGAAUCUGAUUGGCUCAACAAAAUUACGAAGGGGAAUGACGUCAUAAUUAUGAAAAUCCAAGUCGUGCUGCAACUCGAAAGCUACUUCAAACACCUUCAGUUCGACAUUAAUUGUAACUUGGUCGUCCGGUCUUCGUCUGGUUUGGGUCUCGGUUAUUAUUUCACACGGACUGAACCGGCAAUGAAAUAUUCAAUUUUUGGACUUGGCAUUCGGAAAAAUUCGGACUUGACCAAAUUUGCCGAGAACCGACGGAAGAUUUACUCGGAACAAGCUCAAAGAAAAUUGAACCAUGUGUCGAGGGACCCUAUUCUUCCAGUACCUAUUCUAGAACACCAAAUGGAGCUGGAAAGAUUGGAAUGGAUAUCUGAAAUUGAGAAAACGCGCCAUUUGCUACUGUUAGCUGAGAAGAAACGGGAGAAAAACAGCCAAAAAUUAGUGCCAGUCAAGAAAAAAAUAGUGCCAUUAAUUGAUAACAGCGAAGACGAAGAAGAAGAUCGAUGCUAUUACCUGAUUCAAAAAUGUGCUGCGCUGUUUACUCGUAAAAUUUAUUGCAGCGUGCACAGAAAAAUAUCCUUAGCCGAUUCAAUCCAAUUUGAUCACGCAAUUGGUGACUCAUCGUUACCAGCUGAGUCGCGAACUCACUCGCCUGUCAGCUUCAAUCGUGCUAAUUCGUCGUCGAUUGCCAAGAACGACUUAAACCAAUCGUCUUCUUCUCAACCUAAAACGAAGUUAAUUCCAAGCUACACAGUACCCGAUUUGACUAAAAUACCCCAAGGAGAUUUUUCAUCACUUGACAAUCAUAAUAUUGACCCCUACCAUUUGGAAAUUAACCCAAUUAGCUUUGAUAACACGGUUUUGCUGGAAGGUGCACUUAGCAUACAGCUUUCUUCGAAGAAACAUGGCACGCAGCUCUAUGGUAAAGUUUACCCUAACUACUUUGUAAUCACGACUUCUGCCUUGGACGGUACACCCCAAGCCUUAUUCAGUCGCUCUCAGAUGCGAGUUAAUUAUGACCGAAAACUGACUAAUAUAAAUCAAGUCACAUUCACGUACAGAUCAGAAUCGGUUGUAUUGCGGUUUCAAAAACAGGAAAGUUUGACCGAAUGGCUCAAGUUUCUGAAUGGAAACCAAAACUCACGCGAGAGUUCGAGAAAUCAUAGUUUUGACUCGAAGUGAUUAAUUUUUCUGUCAAAUUCACUUUAGUCCUAUAUCUUUUGUUCUUCAAAUUUUGAAUGUUAAAUGUUUGAAUCUUGC